GUUCAGCAAACCAACGGGAAAGCACAGACCGGGCGAAACAGUCCACACAAAACCGGAGGAAAAGCGAGGAGGCAUCGGGAAACGGUGUGGCUAUGGGCUCGAGUUCAGGUGAAUGAGUAACCCAGGCUGCAGACACUGACCCACAGGGCACGGUCCUUACCUGAAUCAAUGCCACGUUUUAGUUUCUACAGAUAGUCUGCAGUUUUUCAACCAAAUAAUUCGAAAGGAGUUCAUGCUGGUUGAUAAAGACAACACAAAGACGUCACUAAUUAAAAUUCGCGAGGGAUUAAGAGCAGUUAUACGCGCCGGUCCAUGUGGGAAGGUAACUUGGUGAGCGCAGCCUCCUCUGAUCCAUAUUUUAACGAUGUUAAUUACAUUCUUGGCUGAGCACGAAGGUUAAUUGUGAGGCGUUUAAAUCAAGAGGGAGUCCCGGCAGACACGCUCUCGACUAAGCCGGGCGAGGAUCAGGAUCUAGGUACAUCGGAUCCUCAGAAGAUGGAAAUGAUGAUCGCUGUCGCACGCCGUGCAUUAACAGAAAGUGAGAGAAUAAUUAAUAUGAAUCAUCUAGCCGGAGGCAGGCUUGCUCUGUGAGAGAGAGAGAGAGCUAGGAAGCUGUUUGGUUAACUAAUCACCGUCGCUUUUGCAAGUGAUCCUUCGUGCUUCCCUCUCAUAAGACGGUGUAGGAUUGUAAGGGCGCAUUUACUGCGGUGCGUUUACACGCAGUUGAGAAGACGCGUAUGCCUUUAUAAUCGAUUAUAUUAGAAAGCAGCACGGUAAGGACUGUGUUAUGUGUGACGCUCACUCCGCUGAUAAGAUUAUAAUUUAAAGCAUGUCCAUUCGACAGUGGCUUCAUUUGUGUAGUUCAUUUCCAAUAUGCGUAAGAACAGGGGUGGCCAAAGUUGGAGAAUCCACUCCUGGUCUUUGUUCCAACCCUGUUCUAAAUUAUUUAAUUGAACCAAUUAAACGUGCAGCCAGAGCAGACCCUGAAGGACUUCAGGAGCUCAUUUUUACCUGUUAAACGUGGAGUGGACUGGCUCUCCGGGACCGCGAUUCGACACCCCUGCAUUAAAAAAAACAUGUCCAUCGAUUAUACAACCUCCGAGACAGACGCGUAGCAGCGCAGGAAAGACAACGGGCUAUUUACUAAUAAGCACUGAUACAGCUGAGACAGACGGAUGGAUAGAUAGAGAGAUGGAUGGAUAGAUAGAUAGAUAGACACACAGAUAUCGUCACUCCACCCCAGGUUUGUGAACGCGCUCUCCCGGGUACGCGCAUCCCGUCUGCCCGCCCUGUGAUUUGAAACAGAUUCAGUCAGCAGUGAGCAGCACCGCCGCUGGCAGCCGAGCAGAGAGCAGAGAGCUGUGCUGAGGACGACACGCAACGCAACUGCAAACGACUUUUGUUCUCAGUCUUUUUUUUUUUAAAAAAAAAGACUUUAACAGUGAAGCCCGACGCGCAUGUUUUUGAAACAACAGUGCAAAUAUGCAGCCACAGAGAGGAAUCUGAGAAGUUUUUGAAAGCAAGCUUUUUUUUUGAGCGAUUAAUUACAGCUAUUUGAGUUACUAAUACCUGAUAUAGUACUAAAGAAGCUGGUUUCUGAAAAUAAAACACCGCUUCAGUUUAAUCAGCUUGUGUAAGGAUUUUAAAUAGCCUUGUGGCGCCCUGGUGUGCUGUGUCUGUAGAUAACUGUUAUUACCGCUCUGACGCGGUCCGAGUGCCAUGGCAGGUAGCCGGGCGCCAGGUGUGUUGUUGCUAGGGCUACUCCAGCUCGCGCAGUCCAGCGGGCAGGUACCCAGCUGUCUCGAGGUGCGCUCGUCCUUUCAGCUCCUGCACCCAGGGGUGAAGUGGGCACCCGAGAAGCCCGUCUCAGGGUCGGACCUGCAGGUGUGCCUCCCCAAGGGGCCUACGUGCUGCUCCCGCAGGAUGGAGGAGCGGUACCAGGCAGCGGCGAAGCAGAGCAUGGAGCUCAGCAUGCAGGCCUCCAGCACCGAGCUCAAGUCCCUCAUCAUCCAGAACGCAGCGCUCUUCCAGGAGGCGUUUGACGUGGUGGUCCGGCACGCACGCAACUACACGGCGCUGCUGUUCCGGGGGCAGUGGGCGGGGCUGGCGGGUGAGGCGUGGGGCCCGGUGACACAACUCUUCAAGGACGUGUCCCUCUACAUCCUGGGCUUGGACACCAGCGUGGACGACAUGGUCAACUCCUUCUUCGACAGCCUCUUUCCCGCGGUGUAUCGACGCCUGCUCAGCGGGCCCGCGGGGGGCUCCGGGGACCAGCCCUCGGAGGAGUGCCUGAGGGCCGCGCGGAGGGACACGGGGGCCUUCGGACCCCUGCCCAAGCUCAUCAUGACCCGCAUGUCCCGCUCCCUGCUGGCGGCCCGCGUCUUCCUGCAGGCGCUGAACCUGGGCAUCGAGGUGGUCAACACGACAGACCACCUGCGCUUCGGCAAGGACUGCGGCCGCACCCUGCUGCGGCUCUGGUACUGCCCGCACUGCCAGGGCCUGCUGGAGGCCAGGCCCUGCCUGGGGUUCUGCCAGGCUGUGAUGCAGGGCUGCCUGCUGCAGCUGUCCGAGGUGCAGCCCUACUGGCAGGGCUACAUCGAGGGGCUGGCGGGGCUGGCGGGAGGCAUGCAGGGGGUGUACGACCUGGAGAAUGUGCUGCUCAAACUCCACACGCUCGUCAGGGACGCCGUGCUGCACGCACACAGGAACCGGCUGCGCCUGGCCGCUCUGGUCAGCGGUAUGUGUGGUCGCUCCUCGCAGCGGCUAGCUCACUCCCCCAAGGACGGGCCUGCUCACCAGCGAGGGCUCAAGAGCGCCCCCGUCGACCCUCAUGAAACACUGGCUGGACGCAGAAGGGAGUUCAUCGACACCCUGCAAGGGUUCACUCAUUUCUACAGCAGCCUGCCGGAGGCGCUGUGCAGCCGUGAGUCUGCCGUGCUCAACGACUCCCUCUGCUGGAACGGGCAGGACAUCGCGGAGAGGUACCCUCCCCCGGGAGUGAAGAAAGUGCAGACGCACAGCCCAGACACCAAGCCCAAGGCGCUGGAGCCAGUUAUCAACCAGAUCAUCGACAAACUGAAACACAUUAAUCAGUUGCUGCGGAGGGUGUCGGCCCCAAGGCGCAGGGUGAAGGGUCGCCCAGCAGGGGGCGAGCUGGAGGAGGAGGCACUGGAGAGCGGGGACUGUGAUGACGAGGACGAGUGCAGUGGCUCCGGCCAGGGGGGGGCACCACCGUACCGCAGGAGACUGCGCAUAUUCACAGAGUUAGCAGACGACCUGGAAAUGGAUGACAUCAUUUUCCACAAGCAGCUUCUGCCCCCCCACCAGGGUAAAGAAGGCCGGGGGUCACGACCUCUGCCAGGGUGCAGUGCCCGGCCUGUCUCCUCCCACCUCGCUGUCCUCGCUGUCUCACUGACUCUCCUCGGACCCCACUGACCGACCCUGUGAGCUUGGACACUUGAACACUCGGGCCCAUCGAGGGGCCACACCACCCAGUACCUCCCAGUACAUCCCAGUACCACCCCGUACCAUCCAGUACCUCCCAGUAUAUCCCAGUACCACCCAGUACCUCCCAGUAUAUCCCAGUACCAUCCAGUACCACCCAUUACUUCCCAGUA